AUGGAGACUCUUGGAUGGGCAUGGAAGCCGAUCAAUGGCGGCAAGCCAAUCGCUUCUGGUGCUGCACCUGCAAGCCAGGUCGUUUUUGGCGACAUCAAUGGCGACGGGUUGGACGAUUACCUAGACUUAGAUCCCAAGACCGGCUUAUUGAAAGCAUAUCUCAAUCUGGGAGGGGAGUCAGAGUGGAAGUUUCGACCGAUAGGCACGAUCGCAUCAGGUCUCGGGCCAGGGAAGCGAGUCCGUAUUGCAGAUAUCGAUGGCGAUGGGACUUUCCAGCGCGACGACUACAUCUUCCUCAAAGACAACGGCGCCACAACAAUUUACCGCAACAUCUACGGCCCUGGCAACGACGGUGACAAGUAUGCCCCAAUGCCAGAGGCAGAUGCUUCGGGUAUCAACCAGUCACCAGAAGAGAUUGACUUCAUAGAUAUGAACGGUGACGGAAAAGCGGACUACGUCUGGACAUCUAGGCUCGACGGCAUCGUCAAGGUUUGGUACAACGACUACCCUAAGAAACCUACCUGGCGAGAAGCGGGAGAGAUUGCAGGCGGCGUCGGGACAUCCGGCUCAAACAUCAGAUACGCGAAGCUACAGAAGACGGGCCGAUACGAUUACGUCGCCGUCGAUCCCAAGACAGGAGCCAUCGGUGCGUGGCUCAACGGCUGCGGCGACCCUGAUACUUCCAAGAAGAAGCACAGAAUCACCAUAGCCCGAUAUCUCGUCACCGUAUGGGUCAUCGCUGAAAAGCCUGUAGACAAGAACUGGUCGUCUGAUACCUGUUUCAAGACAGGAAAGGGCGGAGAUACGCGUGGCACUCCGGUCUUGAAAACAACAGCUGAUGACAAGUUUCCCGCUGCUCUAAGGAGUGGUGAUACUAUGGAGAAACUUUAUGGACAUACGUGCUUUUAUGAGGGUAGUACCGAGAGGGUGGGAAAGCUUGUUUGCGAUGGGGUUAGUGGGAUUAGGUGCUACGAGGAUGAAAACUUUGGGAAGACGCAGAAGUGUAGGUUUGGGUCUUACACAUAUGCUUUGUACUGCGAAUGGUAG